AUGUUUUUCACCGAUAUCCCAACUAUAGUUUACAAUUAUUCGGAUGUUCGUGUUCCAUGUGGUUUAGCUAUUGAACUUAUCAUUUUAUUCAAUCAAAAUUCAGGAUAUGGAGGAUUGAAGUUGAAUAUAUUUGAUUUUAAUAAUGUUAUUGAUAAUAAUUCAGCACGAUAUCUUGGUGUACAUAAAAUUGAAGAAAUCAGAGAUUAUGAACGUUUAACUGGUACAAAUAUACUAGUAGAAGAAAGUGAUUUUAAAAUUGAAUCACUUAAUAUCAUUACUGCAAAGAUCAAAUGUGUAUGUUAA